GACGGGGGCGGCGAGGAGGGGAGUCGCGACGGCGACGCUCGGGCAGGCGACGAGUCGGCAAGACAAGACGUGGGCGAGGCAGUGCGGCGGGGCCAGGAUGGCGACUGGGUGGCGAGGCGGGACGGCAGCUAUGACGGGAUGAAGAGACGGGACGGCAGCUAUGACGGGAUGAAGAGACGGGACGGCAGCGACGAUGGGGCGGAGAGGCAGGACGGCGAGGAUGACGGGGCGGGGAGGCAGGGCGGUGAUGACGACGAGACGGAGAGGUGGGGCGGCGAUGAUGACGAGAUGGGGAGGCGGGGCGACGAGGAGGACGAGAUGGAGAGGCGGGGCGACGAUGAGGACGAGGUGGAGAGGCGGGGCGACGAGGAGGACGAGAUGGAGAGGCGGGGCGACGAUGAGGACGAGGUGGAGAGGCGGGGCGACGAGGAGGACGAGAUGGAGAGGCGGGGCGACGAUGAGGACGAGGUGGAGAGGCGGGGCGACGAGGAGGACGAGAUGGAGAGGCGGGGCGACGAUGAGGACGAGGUGGAGAGGCGGGGCGACGAGGAGGACGAGAUGGAGAGGCGGGGCGACGAUGAGGACGAGGUGGAGAGGCGGGGCGACGAUGAGGACGAGGUGGAGAGGCGGGGCGACGAGGAGGACGAGAUGGAGAGGCGGGGCGACGAUGAGGACGAGGUGGAGAGGCGGGGCGACGAGGAGGACGAGAUGGAGAGGCGGGGCGACGAUGAGGACGGGGCGGAGAAAUCUGAAUCCGCCGCCGAGGUGACGAAGCGAACCGGACUCGGAGCGGAGGCGACGCAGCCGGCGGAGAGACGACGGCCGGCUGGGGAACCACCGUCGGCGAGGUCGGUCGGUCGGGCUGAGGAGACGGCUCCAUGGCCCGUGGCGAUGAUCGGGCCGGGACCUCCCCCUCCUCGAGGUCUGAGCAUUCCAGGUCGAGGACGUCCCCGGGGUCCACCCGGAAAGGCCAGGACCAGUUGGCUGCCAGGAAGUCCCCGAUCUCCUGGUCCAGCACCAUGUCCUCGGGGUCGAGGAUGUCUCGGCUCGGCGUAGACGGGCGGGGAUCGGAUGCCAUCGUACCUACCCAACAAAACCAGAACUAAGCGGGACCACGCAAGCUAGGUACUACAAGCUAGGUACAGGCGCUACAAGCUAGGUACAAGCACUACAAAGCUAGAAGGGAAAUCAGUUAAGGGAUAAGGUAGGCUAUAUUAGUAUAUAAGAGUAAAAUAAAGCGUCACUACAGAGUUAGUUAGUAGCCACAACUAAGCUCCACCACCUUACCACUAAACGCGCGCACAGAAAGGUUUUAGGUCUUUGGCAUGGACCACAUGCACCGCCGCGGAGUCCUCAUCACGCACCUCGUAAAGGUUAGUUCCCCGACAGCCAACAACUGUGCAGGGGCCGCGAUAUUUCGGCGCUAACUUCCCGACAAUCGCGUCGGCAGCUGAAGACAAUACGUGAAGUCGUCGCAUCACUCGCGCGCCAACUUCGUGCGUCACCUCCCUACGACGGAGGUUAUAAUAGGUUGAUUGCCUUUCGUAGGCGGCCUUGAGGUUCUUGCGUGUCUGCGCGAUCAGACGCUGAAACUCAUCCAGUCGUUUGCGAUGGGUCUCGCUUAACGAGGGACUUUGGUGAGUUUCGGACACCUCAAACGAAGGGCCACGGACGGCACAGGGA